AUGUCCGGGGUCGUGAGGACCCUCAGCCGCUGCCUGCUGCCGGCUGAGGCCGGGGCCCGCGAGCGCAGGACGGGCGCGGCGCGCGACGCGGAGCGCGAGGCCCGACGGCGCAGCCGCGAUAUCGACGCGUUGCUGGCCCGGGAGCGGCGCGCCGUACGGCGGCUCGUGAAGAUCCUGCUGCUGGGCGCGGGCGAGAGCGGCAAGUCCACCUUCCUCAAGCAGAUGCGCAUUAUCCACGGCCGCGAGUUCGACCAGAAGGCGCUGCUGGAGUUCCGCGACACCAUCUUCGACAACAUCCUCAAGGGUUCAAGGGUGCUUGUGGACGCGCGGGACAAGCUCGGCAUUCCUUGGCAGCAUUCUGAAAAUGAGAAGCAUGGCAUGUUCCUGAUGGCCUUCGAGAACAAGGCAGGGCUGCCCGUGGAGCCCGCUACCUUCCAGCUCUAUGUGCCUGCCCUGAGCGCGCUGUGGAGGGACUCCGGGAUCAGGGAGGCCUUCAGCCGCAGGAGCGAGUUCCAGCUGGGCGAGUCAGUGAAGUACUUCCUGGACAACCUGGACCGGAUCGGCCAGCUGAAUUACUUCCCUAGUAAGCAAGACAUCCUGCUGGCCAGGAAGGCCACCAAGGGGAUUGUGGAGCAUGACUUCAUCAUAAAGAAAAUCCCAUUUAAGAUGGUGGAUGUGGGUGGCCAGCGGUCCCAGCGCCAGAAGUGGUUCCAGUGCUUUGAUGGUAUCACGUCCAUCUUGUUCAUGGUGUCCUCAAGUGAGUAUGACCAGGUCCUCAUGGAGGACAGGCGCACCAACCGGCUGGUGGAGUCCAUGAACAUCUUCGAGACCAUCGUGAACAACAAGCUCUUCUUCAAUGUGUCCAUAAUCCUCUUCCUCAACAAGAUGGACCUGCUGGUGGAGAAGGUCAAGUCCGUGAGCAUCAAAAAGCACUUCCCAGACUUCAAGGGCGACCCGCACCGGCUGGAGGACGUCCAGCGCUACCUGGUCCAGUGCUUUGACAGGAAGAGACGGAACCGGAGCAAGCCCCUGUUCCACCAUUUCACCACCGCCAUAGACACCGAGAACAUCCGCUUCGUGUUUCAUGCUGUGAAGGACACAAUCCUGCAGGAGAACCUAAAGGAUAUCAUGUUGCAGUGACCCACCGUCCUUCUGCAGCCUGCAAGGCCCUGACCAUGUCUCUCUGGAGUGUGUCUAUUGUCUGUUCAGUCCUGAAGUGGGUGUCUCAGAUCCACACUCGAGUGCCCACGAGCCCUCGCCAAAAGGCCGUGGAAGCUUUGCUGUUAGCUACUGACUCUGGGGACUGGUGAAACUACUGAAUCCCAAGCGAUCACUUUGGUGUUAAUGUGUAAUACCUAACAACACAGCUUUCUUUCUUCUUACAGGAACUGCUCCUUCUCGGACACAGCAUCAUCAAGGUCCACGUGUGUGUGUGCACACAUGCUCAGUAAUGAGAAAACAUAAACCAAGCCAACCUUGCAGACGGCUCCUCGCUCCCAUCUGCAGUAUGAGACACACUAACCGAGAACCUUUGCCUAAUGUUAGGUUGCAGAAGGGCAUGCCGUGCUGCUAAGCUCAGAGUGCCCAAGCUGGCCUUGCAGCCUAGCUCAGGCCUGAGCACCACCUCCCCAAGUGAACACACUGCCUUUAAAAUUGUGCCAACACCCUGGGAGUUCCUGCUCCAGGCAUGUCCGCUGACCAAGGAGCCAUGCCAGGGUCCCCACUUCCUGCUGUAGAGAUCGAGAUGGGAGCUGUGGGCAUGCCUUAAUACCCCAUAGCCACCCGCCUUGGCUGCUUACCCAGCAGUGACACAGCGUGGAGGGGUGGCCACUGCCCACAGCUGUUGCCUGGCUCAUGUCACACAGUGGUGCUUUCACUUCUUACCCCUCCCCUUUCUGCCCAGUGGCAAAGACACAUAACCAAGUGGCCUUGCAGGUGGGUCCUCUGCCUUACUUUGAAGUUGGCACCAUGUAGCAUCCCCCUUCUGGGCUCCAAGAGCUGGCAAGAGCCCUGGUAGUGCAGUUCUUCAUGCCUCAGCUCCUCGGGCCAUCCCCAGCAGAAGAAACCCAGGUUUCUGCACACUGCCUUCUCACCAUUGCCUUUGGACAGCUGUGCCCUGUCCUCAGAGCUCCCACCACUGUGCACAGCCAGGAGGAGACUUGGGAGCUGGACAGGAAAGACACAGAAGGCUGGCUGUUGGCACAGGCUGGUACAGCCAGGCUUAGCCUUUCCAGGUCCCUGGCAAGUGCCACACCCAAUUUUAAAAUACUGCAUUCCAGACUGGCCUCUGCAUGGCUCUUCAGGGUCUGUCCUAGCAGUGACAACUGAACCUGGCCUCACUAACACACCCAGGGCUCUGACCCAGUCACAGCCGACACUAGGUUCCUGUCGCAUCCCUCUUGUUUUAGCUACCGCAUAAGUAAGCAUCCUGGAGCAGAUGAUGAGCCAGGAGGUGGAGGAAUCACUGUUUGUAAAUUACCCUUGGUCCCUCAGCACUCUAAACUAGGAGACGAAAGUCUCCAUCAGUCCCCUCCCGCACCUCCCCAGUGGUUGCUAAGUUUCUGACUUUCCUUUGGGUAGAAGACACUGCCAUCCCCAUGUGCUUCAUCAUAGUCUUCGUAAGAAGCUGAGGGAUGUGGCCAAGCUCAGGGCCACGGCCGUGUUUAUAGCAAAAGAGCAGCCUCAGGAGGCUGAUCAGAUCCCCAGCGAAAGAGCCUGGUCCUCAGCGCAGUUGAACCUUCCUCGCCUGGGUUUCUCAUGUGUCCUGCGAAUCGAUCAGUGUCUCCAAGCCAUUCCCCUCCACCACAUAGUGUUCUCUCCCUCGUAAGGGCUGCUACUCCCCUGACUGGAGUAGCUUUAGUGUGUCAGGGAGAUGAGUGCCCCUCUGGUAGUCUGGCAUAAGUACCAGUCACUUUCAAGCUGAAAGCCUGUGUGCAGCAAGAUGUGCAACUUGUGCUUAACUGAACAGAGAGCAGGCGGACAGCUGCAGGCCUGGGUCCUGGGCCCCGCUCAGCCCUCCGGCUCCCACCUCCUUGGCUAGAUGAGCCUCGCCUCUGUCCUCUGUAAAGGACACCCCACCCUGCAGUUGGAAAAGGAGAUGACUGUUUGCAAGGCUAGGCCAAAUCCUUUACAAUGUUCCUACACAUAGAUUGUAGUCAAUUUUGUCUCCCAGACCUUAGGCUUUUGUAUUUUUUUUUAUUUUAAUUUCACUGUUACCCUUGUUUUUUAUUGCAAUGUUGGAGAAGCUGGGGGUAUUCAUGCCUCAUCUGUUAUUGCAAAAAUGUAACAAUAAACUUCCUCAAAAUAAAAAAGGAA